CCCUGGCAGGUACUUUGACUCCGUGGAUAUCUGUAAGAUUCACUCGGAUUGGCAGGAGGUGCGAGCGGCGGGCGUGUUCCCGCGAGGAGCCGACGUCCCGGUGACGGUGGUGUCCAUCACGGUGCUGGAGAGGACGGACAUGGAGCUGGCUCUGUUCCAGCAGGGCAGCAGGCGAUGGGACACGGCCGAGAGCCACCUGUUGGACCUGUGCGUGCUGUUGUUUCGAGUGUCCUACGACAGCUCGGGGGCGCCGGCUCUCGGCCGCGUGCUGGCUCACAGCCGGCGCUCGGUGAGGAGGUUCGUGGGCUGCGACGCCAUGCUGGAGCCGGGAGAGUACGCCGUGCUCUGCUGCGCCUUCAACCACUGGCACAGCACCGGCCCGCCGCCCGCCGCUCUCGGCGGCCGACCGGAGGAGCCCGGGUACACGCUGGCGGUCUACAGUUCCCGGCUGGUGAUGGUGGAGACGGUCUCGGCCUCCAACACCGUCAUCGCCGACGCCGUCAUCCAGCUGGCGGAGACCAGAGGAGAUAGACACGAG